GACAAACUCUAUUGUCUCUAAACGAACAAAACAACUCCUCCUCCAAUAGGGGGUGUGUUUUUGGAUUUGGUGAAAUUUCCUUUACGUCUGACUCUGAUCUGAAGUUGGCCAAGUUCACUAUGUGAGUGUAUAUACUGUAUACUUCAGUAGUGAGCAUGUCCAAUUUAGAUUUUACCACACUCUAUUUGCUCGAAAAGCUAGUCUUGUUUCCCCCUGCUAAAAGCUCUCUCUUACUACAAUUGCUCUCUUUAAUUUGUAUUUCUGCACCGAAUGAGGAGGCAAUUAUCUUUUAAUUCUUGCUAUUGUUAUUAUUCCUCCAAAUUCUUGGUCAAUUCCCUAACCCAUCAACCAUGGCCUUAUCUUCCACUUGCUUUUGUCACUCCCAAUUCUCACUCAAGACGGAUAGCUAUGCACCUGCGUUGACAUCAGAUUUCAUACGAAAUAUCAGGAGGAACCAGCCAGUCUCCUCUGCACUUGAAACAAUAACCCCUGACCUUUCAAGUCAACAAGUUGGAAAAUGGGGAAGUAAGCAUAGAAAUGGGUGGAGCUUUCUGGGAGGAUCAAGAGUAAUACUUCAGCCAAACCUCCAAAAUCUUCAGCAAAGAAAAAGCUGCAGGGUGUCUGCUAUAUGGUUGCCUAAUUCUCAAAUAGCUAGCAGUGUUUUUACACUGGGGACGGCAGCCGUUCUUCCGUUUUACACCCUCAUGGUUGUAGCACCUAAAGCUCAACUUACCAGAAAACUGAUGAAAAGCACCUUACUAUAUGUUGUGCUUGGACUUCUGUACGGGUUUCUAUUAUACCUCUCAUGGACACCAGAUACAAUUCGGCUGAUGUUUGCUAGUAAAUACUGGCUUCCAGAGCUAGCUGGUAUAGCAAAGAUGUUUUCCAGUGAGAUGACAUUAGCAUCUGCAUGGAUUCACCUAUUGGCUGUAGAUCUUUUUGCCGCAAGGCAGGUAUAUCAUGAUGGUUUGCAAAAUGACAUUGAAACGCGCCAUUCUGUGUCUCUUUGUUUGCUAUUUUGUCCCAUUGGAAUUGUUAUUCAUCUCCUCACCAAAGCUGUACUAAGUAGUGCAGAGAAAACAGAGCCUAGAACUAGCUGACAGAUUUAACCAUUUUUGCCAGCUUUCGGCUAAUGUAACAGUGAACAAAGUGUAAAUUUCAUUCAACUACAAAAUUGUGCAAGUUGCAUCUUUGAUCCAACACUGCUUGAAAUAGUUGAAAUCUACUCACUUUUCAGUGAAUGUACAUCCUUUUUAGAAGGUGGACUAUCAGAAUUUCUUCCUUGAUUCGUUGUCCUGUAUGAAAAACAUUUAUUCUCUCA